CCGCGAUAAUUUCAAAAUGAAUGAUAAAAUAAAAUGUAAUUCAUAACUAGUAAACUCGAAAUUCAAUAUUGAUAGAUAGCUACAAAUACUCAUUCACUAGCUUUCAUAUUAGCGAAAACCAAGAGUAAAAAUGAAACUGUAAGGACUAAAAGGAGAAAUAUUCUCUUAGACUCUGUAGUAGGCUCCCCCUCACCCCCACCUACUCUACUUUUUUCUAUUAUCCUUUUUUCAUUGCUUUCUUCUUCUCUCCCUCUUUCACACACACACACACACACACACAAAGACACAGAAGACAGCAGUCAACCAACAAAUGAAAGAGAGGAAAGUUGGAAACAACCCCACUACUUCAAUUCAAUUCUCUCUACUACUACAGUACUACUACUACUUCCAACUUGGCUUCUUUCUUCUCUUCUCAUCAAAAUUUGGCUCAAAAACACCAACACUUUUGCACUUCUACUACCAUCAUCAUCAUCAAACAACAACAACUUGAUCUCCAAGCUUUUUUUAAUAUUUUUUUUUUUUCUUACCCCCUAUUCCCCUUCCUUCUUUCUCUUUCCUUGUCCAUUUUCUCUGCUCCCCCACAUUACCCCAACCCACACCAUUUUUCUUUUGCUUAUUGGGAUUGGACUAAUGUUUUGAAAAAUCCCCCACACCCCACCAAAAAAAAAAAAAAAAAAAACCCUUCUGGGGGCCAUUUCUUGGACUCCACCCCCAAACAAAAAUUGAAAAGCUUUGAAGAUGGAUUUUAUGGAACCUCAUAGCAAAAACCAAGGGAGUAGUAGUAGUAAUUCCGACCACCACCACCACCACCAUCACCACCAGCAGCUGCUACAACAACAACAGCAUAAUUCCCGUGAUCCGGUUGGACCGGGGUCCGGUCAGGCCCCAUCUGGUGGCAGCCAUGGUCCCUUCAUGGGCUCCAUUUCCAUGCACUCAAGAAAUUUGCUGCCUCCUUCUUCUUCUUCCGACCCUCCUCCUUCCACCCCUGUUUCUACUUCCACUACCACUUCUUCUUCUACUUCUACUGCUUUAACCACCACCACGGCCGCCGGAGCUGCGGCCGCGGCCAAUAGUACUAAACCGGCUAAGAAACCGUCCAAAGACCGGCAUACUAAGGUGGAUGGAAGAGGGCGGCGUAUUCGUAUGCCGGCGUUAUGUGCGGCUCGGGUUUUUCAGCUUACUAGGGAAUUGGGUCAUAAGUCCGAUGGUGAAACAAUUGAGUGGCUGUUACAUCAAGCUGAACCUGCGAUUAUAGCUGCGACGGGAACGGGUACGAUUCCGGCGAAUUUCUCGACACUGAAUGUGUCGUUGAGGAGCAGCGGCACCACCAUUUCAGCUCCGCCGUCGAAGUCGGCUCCCCUGUUUCUGCACGGCGGGAAUGCCGCCGCCAUGCUCGGGUUCCACCACCAGUUCUCCGCCGCGGGUUUCGGGCAAGACCCGGAAGAGAAUUACAUGAAGAAAAGGUAUAGGGAAGACAAUACAGGAGCGACGUCGCCUCCGCCGCCGGCUAAGCAAGAAAGAACCGGAAUCCAGGAUCACGAAGCGGGCGGGGAGCAGAAACCCGGGUCGGGUCAGACAUCCAGCUUCCUCCCAGCUCAAACCAUGUGGGCCGUGGCUCCAGCUGCCCCGAGUGUGGGAAAUACUUUCUGGAUGCUUCCAGUUGGCGGCGGAGCAACCACCGCAGGCGGCGGAGCUAUGGCGGUAGGCGGCGGCGGCGGUAAUCAGCAGGAGGUAUGGCAGUAUAAGGCACCAACUGCUAUGCAAAGAAUAGGAGGGUAUGAUUUCUCCGGGGCGGGUCGGUUCACUCCGGUCCAACUCGGGUCAAUGGUGCUGCAACAAUCUCAGCCGGUUCAGCAGUUGGGCUUAGAGACUAAUAUGGGAAUGUUGGCUUCCAUGAACGCCUACAGCGGUGGUGGAGGCGGCGGAGGUGGCGGUGGUGGGAGUAGGGUUGACUUGGGUAUGAAUUUGGAGCAACAUCACCAUCAUCAAAAUCAACCACAAAGAAGUGAUAGUGGUGAUGAAAAUCCCAAAGAUUCCCAAUAAUUUCAUCUUUCAAUCAUGAUGAUGAUAUCAAUUUCUUUUUUUUUGGGUGAUUUUUCUUUUUCUUUUUUUCUCUCUCAUCUUUUAUUAUUUUUCAGUUGAAUGAUUGUAGAAUUUAGUGUCAUUAGGUGAGGAUUGUGUUCAUUGUACAUUGUCUUUUUUUGUUUUUUUUUUCCUAUUUGAUUGUGAGAGGAAAAAAAAAAAAAGGUAUGAAUUUGAACUUUGAAAUUGCAAAAAAAUAAAAAAUAAAAUUGUGCAAUUCUUUUGAUGGCUCUCUUCGAGCUGAUUUGGUGUGCUUUUUUGGGAGGAAGCAAGAAGAAAGAAAGUGUUGGUUUUUUGAAUUGGCAAAAUAAAUGAAAUUCUGCUUGAACUCGGCCAAACAAAGCAUUGUUUUGUUGGUUUGGUUAGCUUUGCAUUCAGUUUAGGAGUAAUUAGUAUAGAUUCCACCUUGAAGUGUUAAGUGAAGUCAUUUGGCCACUUCCUUUGUUUUUCUUUUCCUUUUUAUUAUUUUCAAAAAAGGCGAAAAAAAAAAACAUUUGUCCAUAAUGUAGAUUUGAUUGUUGAUUGGUAAUGGUUGCAGUGGAUUUUGGUUUAUCUGCUCAUUUCUUUUUCCCUUGUAUUUUCAUUUUUAUUCCUUUUAAGUUGCUUUACUAUUCCUUCUGUCCUAAAAUUAUUGUCCAGUUUGAAAUUUCACUUUUAGUACAAUUUGAGCUAAAAAUAAAAAUUCAAACUGAAGUUUUGAACUAUAUUUUGUGUUGGAAUUGUAUACUAAUUGCCAUUGACAAAAUUGAAUUCCACCUGCCUUUGACCUAAACUAAAAAAUGUUUAUUCUCCUCCUUCUAUGCACAUUUCCUUUAUAAUUAUGCACGAAUUUCGAUUUUUUGUUGUAUUAUUUUGAAUAAAACAUUCAUCUUGUUUCAGACAAUUACCUUAUCCAUCUACUAGCUCC